GGGUUUGUAGCAUUUUUGACGUUAGCUAAGCAGCUUUUCUAGCAUUUACAGAGCUAGUAUGACAACGUGAACAUUAUGUUUACUAAUCAGGGCAUCCAGCCUGUAAAUGUUGUUUUUAACAACGUAAAAAACUGCUUUCUUUACCUCCCCCCGAAGUUGAUAUCACACCUUUCCUUAAACGAGAACCAGGCUUUGGAGUUGUCCUGGGCCAAUGAGUCUCCAGUGUUUCUCAGCUGGGCUCAAAAUAGGUCAUCCUCCGACCAAGACAUUCACAAAGUGGAACUGUGUCGACAGCUGGGAGAACAGCUCGGCUUGAAAGAUGGAGAGCAGGGCCUUCUAAGACCGUGUCAUCAAGUCUCAUCGUUGAACCAGGUGUUUGUGGAGCCUCUGUCAGCUGAUGACUGGGAGAUCUUGGAGCUUCACAGUUCUGCACUGGAGCAGCAACUUCUGGAUCAGAUCAGGGUGGUUUUCCAGGAUGCUGUGUUUCCUGUGUGGGUGGACAAUCACACCGUGAUCUACAUUAGAAUAGCUUCACUCUCCUCGUCUGUGCCCUAUGGUCGCCUGGAGCAGUUCACUGAACUUGUGGUGUCUCCGAAGAUCCGUGCUGGAACAGGCAACCUUGGUGAUUCUCUUGAAAGAUUUGGCCACAACCAGCAAAACUCUGAUCUCUCCUCCUCUGAGCCCUCGUCACAUUCUACCUCCCAUAUCCCUCAAAGCCAACAGUGGGGUGGUAUUGGUGACUUAAAGAGCCUGCUUCGAUAUCUGAUAAAGGGCACUUAUGACCCAGUUAAGGGGCAGCCUCCUGUACCCAACAUUCCCGUCGUCUUCUCUGAUUCGAUCCACAGAGUGUGCGGCGCACCGCCCGACUCUCUUUGUUCCAUAAACCACAUCGCUGCUGGCGUUGUCCACCUUUUUCCUUGGGACCCUCAUUUAAAUGCAAGUGGAGGUCAGUCUGCAGUGACAUAUGGCCUUCUCUCCAAAGUUUUAUCUCCUAAAGAAGCAAAAGACAAAACUAAGCAGGCCAUGGAGAAAAAGAAGGGUGCCAGUGUUGGUAAAGAUGGCGCAGCUGUUAAAGGGGGAGAGGAGGUAACGACAGAGGAAGCUGAGGUGGUCAGGGUUGUGUGUCAUGUCCCCGAGACGCUGACGGAUGAGAGGAGAGGCCACAACAAGGGAGAGAUUCAUCGUGGAAGAGUGUGGAUCCCACAGCCUCUGGCCAGCAAGUUAAAAGUCCAGCCACAUUCGACAGUGAGAAUUAAACCGGUGAGGUCGACAAUCAAAGUAGCCUUGAAUAUUUCUCUACAGCCUCUAAAACCUUUGUCUGAGGAGGACGAUGAAGAGAUCCAGACUGCUUUCCUCAGCUGGCUGCACACUCAGAGUCACGAACCUCUGGCCUGUCUGACUGCUCGUUCUAGUUCUGUCCUCCUCCACGGCAGCGAUGCAAAGCUGGAGUUAGCUUUGACUGUGCUGAAACCAGAGGCACAGAGCGACCCUCCAGACCAGCUUUUUCUACUGGCACCCACUGUUCUGCAGAAGGAAGACAUACAGGUGGACAGACAACCUGUAGCAGAGCCUGAAGUAAAAGCUGAAGAUGAAGCGUCCGACCCACAGCUCCCCUCCCUCUGUACACUUGGUGGGAUUGAUGAGCAUAUUAGAACUGGAAUGGAGUUUAUUUCCUCCAACCUUCUGGGCAGCCCCCUCUCAAGACAGCUUUGUGCAGCUGCUCAGGGACUCCGAGGAGGAGCGCUGCUCAUCACCGGGGCUAAGGGCAGUGGGAAGAGCGUGUUGUCCCGAGCCCUCUGCAGAAAAGCCAGAGAGGACCUGGACGCACACGUGCAGGAGGUGGACUGCAGGAAGCUACAAGGCAAAAGGGCGGACACCGUGCGGCAGAUUCUGCAGGACGUUUUUGAGCAGGCGGAGUGGAGGCAGCCCUCUGUUGUUUUACUUGACGAUCUGGAUGAUUUGACGCAUACGCCGACCUCACCUGAGCACGAGCACGGGCCUGAGGCGCUGCUGCAGCAGCACAUCGCACAAAAUCUGAAGGAUGUGGUUGACGAGGCGGUGCUUCACUCCAGCCUGGUGUGUCUGGUCAUCACCAGUCAGAGUGAACACACUCUGCACCCUUCGCUCACGCAGGUGCAGGGCUCUCACUUCAUCCAGGGAUUCGUUAACAUCCAGCCACCAGAGCAGGCUCAGAGAGCUGAGAUUCUGCACCAUCUGAUCCUGAGGAAGUCCUUCUUGUCUGAGGAGACCUUACGCACUCUCGACCUGGGUGCUGUUGCCAAGGAGACCGAGGGGUACACAGCCCAAGAUCUCGCUGUGCUGGUGGAGCGGGCUAUACACGCCAACACCACACAAACAGGACAGAGUGACCACGGCGCCUGUUUGUCACAGAGGGACUUUGUGGCAGCUCUGAAUGGAUUCACGCCUCCGUCACUGUGGGGGGUUGACCUUCACACACCGAGUGGAGUCGGACUAGAGAGGGUAGGAGGGCUGAGGGAGGUGCGGCAGCAGCUAAUGGACACCGUUCUGCUCCCCGCUAAGGUCAGUUGA